CUUCUCGAUUUUAUCUCACCUCUCCCUCUCUCUGACGGCAGAAUAAUAAUUCAUGUGUAGAUUUGUAUGGAUUCAUCAUAUAGGUUCUUAUGUUAUGAAGUUAUUGCUGAUGGAGUAUUUUAAUAAUGUCACGUAUUUGUUUCUGGAGGGUCAUGUAGAGCUGGAGAAGUACAGAUAUCUUUAUUUUGCUGUUACUCUCACAGCCUAUCUGUUGAUUAUUUGCUGUAAUUCUGUCGUUAUAUUUGUGAUAUAUUCCAGCAAACAGCUGCAUGAGCCGAUGUAUAUAUUUAUUGCUGCCUUGCUUUUUAAUUCUCUUAUUGGAACGGCUGCUCUUUAUCCUAAACUGCUGGUUGAUUUUCUGUCUGAAAUUCAGGUUACUUCUCUCAGUGCCUGCUUAUUUCAGGCCUAUUUAAUUUACAGCUAUGCUGCUGCAGAGUUUACACUGUUAUCAGCUAUGGCCUAUGAUAGAUACGUUUCUAUAUGUAAACCUUUACAAUACGCUUCUCUUAUAAAAAUGUCUACAGUUAGAAAAAUCUUAUUCUGCUGCUGGUUUGUUUCUUUUUCUGGAAAUGGUGUUGGAACAGUUUUAACAUACCAGCUUCAGCUUUGUAAGCAGAGAAUGAACAGAAUCUACUGUAAUAAUUACUCUAUUGUUAAGUUAAGCUGCGGAAAUGUGUUUGUAAACAAUAUAUACGGUUUAUUUGUGUUAUUCGCUAUGGUGUUUCCAUCACUGAUCUUUAUAAGCUUCUCCUAUUUUAGAAUUCUUGCAGUCUGUUUAAGAAAUUCAACUAUUAUCAGAAGAAAAGCUUUUCAGACCUGCUUCCCUCAUCUUAUCAUCUUCAUCAUCUUCACCGUCACCAUGUGCUUUGAAAUUAUCGGCAGCAGAUUUGAAGCAAACUUACCUCAGCUCUUUGCUAUGAUUAUGUCAGUUGAAUUUGUAGUUAUUCCUCCUUUAGUCAAUCCUAUAAUGUACGGAUUGAAACUGCAGGAGAUUCUGAACAGCAUCAAGAGAAUAAUCUGUAAAAAAAGGACGCAUAUUUCUUUCUGAUUUAACUUUCAUCUUUUUUUUAUAUGUUGUGGCUAUAAGUUUAAAGUGUAUAGACAAAUAAGCGAUUAGCAACUUUAUUAACUUUUUAACAGGUCAGGGCGCCGAGUGGUCCAGCGAUCUGAAGCGCUGCCACUAUGAGCAGGAGGUCGCAGGUUUGAACCCCCACUCAUGCAGCUUUUUCCAUCAAGCUGCCGGCGCUCAGAGGGAGCACAAUUGGCCCUGCUCCCUCCGGGUGUGUAGAUGGCGCUCUCUCCCCACAUCACUCCUAGGGUGAUGUCCACAGCACAGGGCGUCUGUGAGCUGAUGUAUCAGAACCGAGUCGCUGUGCUUUCCUCAGAGCGCGCUGGCUGCUCGGUAAUGCUGCAUCAUCAG